AUGAUGCGUCGUCUGAAGAGCAUUGCUUCUGGUCGGGCUUCCGUCUCAGAUCCUGGUGGGGAUUUAAGCACUAGCAAGUCAAAAAUGGAGCAUGAAUCGAAUCAAAGAGACUUACACAAAGUAGAGGUAGGAGAAAAAAGUUCAAAAGCUCCAAAGGAGCUUACGGUAUUUAACUCGUCUGAAACAACCGCAAGCACAUCCUCCAAUGCUGUAAAUGGUAAAAAGCCCGAGAACACGGACCACAAAGAGCUACCCAAAAAUAUGCCCGAAAUGAAGAUCAGAGAUGGUAAAAAUGCUAACGGAGAGGAGAAUGUCAAGGCCAAGUGUCUGGAAACAAAUGAAUUUGUGGCUAUAAAGAAAGUACUGCAAGAUAGGAGAUAUAAAAACCGAGAGCUGCAGAUUAUGCGAUUGCUUGACCAUCCUAAUGUCAUUCACUUAAAACAUUCUUUCUAUUCCACUACCGAGAAAAACGAGGUGUACCUCAACCUUGUUCUGGAGUAUGUCUCCGAAACUGUUCAUCGGGCUUCGAGGCAUUAUAUCCGGGUGAACCAGUACAUGCCCUUUUUGCAUGUACAGCUUUACACAUACCAGAUUUGCCGAGCGUUAAAUUACAUUCAUAGAGUUAUAGGGGUUUGUCAUCGUGACAUAAAGCCACAGAAUCUACUGGUUAACCCUCACACCCACCAGCUUAAGAUUUGUGAUUUUGGGAGUGCAAAGAUGUUGGUACCUGGUGAACCAAAUAUAUCAUACAUUUGCUCUCGGUAUUAUAGGGCUCCCGAACUUAUAUUCGGAGCUACGGAGUACACAACUGCAAUUGACAUGUGGUCGACUGGUUGUGUUAUGGCUGAGCUUCUCUUGGGGAAGCCUCUGUUUCCUGGGGAGAGCAGUGUUGAUCAGCUAGUUGAAAUAAUUAAGGUUCUGGGGACGCCGACUAGGGAGGAAAUCAAGUGCAUGAAUCCAAAUUACACCGAAUUCAAAUUUCCUCAAAUUAAAGCCCACCCAUGGCACAAGGUUUUUAAUAGGAGAAUACCACCUGAAGCAUUGGAUAUAGUGUCCAGGUUACUCCAAUAUUCACCUACUCUACGUUUCACUGCCUUGGAGGCUUGUGCCCACCCGUUUUUUGACGACUUGAGAGAGGCCAAUGCAUGUAUUCCUAAUGGGAGACACUUUCCCCCUCUCUUUGAUUUUUCACCUGAAGAAUUGGCGGAUGCACCUCCAGAGCUGCUACAACGUCUUGUUCCACAACAUGCAAAGAAGUGA